AUGAAGGAUGGAAGGAAGGGAAGGAAGCAGGUUGCGGAGACUGCGGAGAAGUUAGGCGACUGGGGAUUGACUCUAGACUGCGAUUCUGCGAGAUUCUGCGAGACGUGGUAUAAUGAGGCGAAUAUGUACACUACGGAGACGAAGAAGAAGCUGAAGAAGAAGAAGCUGAGGAAGAAGAAGCCGAAGAAGCCGAAGAAGAAGAAGAAGAAGAAGAAGAAGAAGCAGCAGCAGCAGCAGAAGCAGAAGGAGGAGAAUCGAUUUACGGGACUCGACUCGCAUCACCUGGAUUUAAUUUCCACGCACACACCUCCUCCACCACCCCCCGUACACCACCAGCACGACGAAGAACACGACGGCGACGACGACGAGCGACGAGAUAAGAUAGAGACUGUGAUGUCUGCUCCUCCGCCGCCGCCGCCGCCGCCGCGAAUGGUCCAUCCCAUGCUCGAGGACAUCGACGUUGGCCCGCCCACGAGAAGGAUCAAGCAGCACCAGCACCAGCACCAGCACCAGCACCAGCAUCAGCACCAGCACCAGCACCAGCAUCAGCAACACCACCAGCACCACCAUCAACAGCAGCAGCACCAGCAGCAACGCCAGCAACAGCAACAGAACGAGAACCCCGAUGCCGCUUCGUCUGCUCCACAGCCCUACCGCUUUCCUGUCGCCGCCUCUGCUUCUGCCUCUGCUUUCUCCUCCUCCGCUGCCGCCCCUCCGCAGCUUCCGCAAUCACAGGCUUUCCCGCAACCGCCGCCGCUCCUCCACAACUACCCUCUCUACCGACAGCAGGAUUGCGGCGGUUUGCCCCAGCUGCACCGACAGCCGCCACCACCGCAACGACAAGAGCCGCACCCACAGCGCUCACAACCACCCCCCUUCUUACUUCAACAGCAGCAGCAGCAGCAGCACUUCCAGCUCCAACAACAGCAGGUCAACCAACACCUGCAACACUUUCAACGUAACGUUCAAACCUUCUCGAACCAUCCCUGCCCUCACUUCCAACACCUACACCACUACCAGCUAGCACAUACUCCGUCGCCGCCACCUCCACCUCCACCUCCACCUCCACCCCCACCACCACCACCUCCACCACCACCUCCACCCUCCCAACCACUAGCUCGCUUCCCGUACGGGCCACCACACACGCGAUCAGCACACGACCCACAGCAACAGCAGCAGCCGGUUUACGGCCUCCCCAACCCACCAGCAUUCUUCCACUUCCUGCCACCGAACAUACAACAGCACCUCAUGCCAGUACGCGGAGCAAUACCAGUGAUUGAUCUGACGGGCUCGUCGUCGCCGGACGCACCACCGUCCCAGCGACGACCGACCCGUCCCCCGCCGUUCGCCGAGAUCAUCGACGUGGAUGCGCUACCGGAUGACAACUCAAGGUAUAUGUUCGCGCCUGGAGCACAUGCUAGACAGCGGAUCACGGGAAGGGGCUUUCCCAUCCCUGUGCUACCAGAUAAUCCGUUCGAAGUGCUCCAGCCAGGUGCGAGAUCGAGGAAUGGCGCCGGUGGGCAGGUCCAGGAGGAUCCGAUAUUAGGCCACGGAGGCAGGAUCGGGGUUAUCCGUCCCGCAUGGGCGACCAUUGGAUCUCGUGGUAGCUUUCAAGCUCUCGCAAGAGGAGGCGGGUUCCAGGCGCCAAACAUGGACUACACAGCUCAGGCACCGGGGAUCUUCAGACGACAGCGCGACAGUCCUCCGUUGGAUGCUGCAGCUCUCAGAAACGUCGAUUACAAGACGCCAGCCGCGGCAAAAUUGGGAUUCACCAGGAGCCCGAAGGACUCGGACGUGCUCGUGUGUGUCCAUUGCGACCAGGAGUUAGGUACCGAAGUGGAUGAUCCUGCCACGCCGAAGGCCGGUGAGGUCUGGGCCGGCAAAUGCGGUCAUUGCUACUGCGGCACUUGCGCCCACUCCUUCCGCAGCAUCCCGCUCACAGGCUCCAAGCGCGCCAGAAAGAGCGUCAAGAAAAUUUGCGUCGUGGCCGAGUGCUCGAUCAACCUGGGCGCCAAAACGGGUAUGGUCAAGAUCCACUUGUGA